GCGUAGAACGAGUCCAUGCUUGCUCCGCUUCAGAGUACAUCGACAAUUGCUCUAAAUCAAUUGGAUCAAGUCUCAUUUUAAACAGCCACCUCCAGUUAGUCAGCAGGAUGUCCAGUUCGGACGUGCUAGCCAGUCCCGGCGGCGUGGACAUGUCCUCCUCUCCCAAAUCACCACUGGCUAAAACCCAACAUCCUGACCAGGACUCCAAACCAGUAACCAAACAGAACCCUGUCCCUGCCUCCCCUCCCCUCCAUGGUCUGAAGCUGGCUCCCCACAGGGAGCUGGAGCAGGCGCAGCAGAGGGGCAGGCUGAAGUGUUCUAGCUGCGGAGGCUCCCGGAUGUUCUUCUGCUACACCUGCUGCUCUUUAGUGGGCGUCAGCCAGCAGGAAAUCCCCUCCGUCAAGCUCCCUAUAAAGAUUGACAUCAUCAAGCAUCCCAGUGAGGUUGAUGGGAAGAGCACAGCCAUACACGCCAAGAUCCUCGCCCCUGAUGAUGUCACCAUCUACACCUACCCCUGCAUACCUGAGUAUGAAGAUGACACAGACAAAGUAGUGCUGGUGUUCCCUGGUCCUGGAUCAGUCUCAGUGGAGGAGAUGACAUGGAGAUUACAGAACCUGGCUGACAUGAAGUCAGCUGCCUCCCCUGACGAGGAACCGUCCCCAAAGAGGCCCAGAGCUGAGGAGCCAGGGGCCACACAGCAGGCUGAGGGACAGACAUCAGGAGCCACACACACAGAGGAGAGGGGAGGGGCAGCAGGGAUAGAGGGCCAGACUGAGACACCAGGAGCCUGUCCCCUCCAGAGAGUGGUGUUCAUCGACAGCACAUGGAACCAGACCACCAGAAUCAUCACAGAUGAGAGACUACAGGCGUUGCUCCGCGUGGAGCUGAAGACCAGGAAGACGUGUUUCUGGCGCCAUCAGAAAGGUUCUCCAGACACCUACCUGGCAACCAUAGAGGCUGUCUACUACUUCCUCAAGGACUACCAGGAGCUGUGUCUGAGACAGGAGUACACAGGACAGUAUGACAACCUGAUGUACUUCUACUGUUACCUACACACACUGAUCAACAAGGCUAAGACAACUGCUGGGAGACGCUGAGGACGCAGGGGGAGAGAGGCCAAAACUACCGCUGGGAGACGCUGAGGCUGCAGGGGGAGAGAGGCCAAAACUACCGCUGGGAGACGCUGAGGCUGCAGGGGGAGAGAGGCCAAAACUACCGCUGGGAGACGCUGAGGCUGCAGGGAGGAGAGAGAGGCCAAAACUACCGCUGGGAGACGCUGAGGCUGCAGGGAGGAGAGAGAGGCCAAAACUACCGCUGGGAGACGCUGAGGCUGCAGGGAGGAGAGAGAGGCCAAAACUACCGCUGGGAGACGCUGAGGCUGCAGGGAGGAGAGAGAGGCCAAAACUACUGCUGGGAGACGCAGAGACUGCAGGGAGGAGAGAGAGGCCAAAACUACCGCUGGGAGACGGUAGAAGCACAGCGAAGAGCUGCUGGCAAACGCACGAAAGUGCUGUUUGAAUGAAUGCUUACGAGCCUGCUGCUGCCUACCAUCGCUCAGUCAGACU